AUGGACGGCUGGUCGGAAAAGGGGCGGCCAGCGGUGCGCGAAGCUCUGGAUCAUGUGUGGGAAGUCAUUGAUCGCGAAGUUCAACAUGAACUCGCGAAAAGGGCCAUGGACAAUGACAAGACCAAGGAGCUAUUAAAAGCCACGGUUUCCGCUCUUUCAAGUCUGGGGGCUCAGCAAAAGGUGCUGCAAGCUGAGAACAGCAAGCUGCGAGCUCAGCUAGCAGCCAUGUCCUCAAGUCUCAGCCCUGUCAAAGCCAAUUCGAGCACUCCGGCCCCGAGUGAUGACACAAAAGUUGACUCAAUGACUCCAACUCCGAGCAGGGCCACUACUGCACCGACUCUCCCCUCUUCAGCAGCUAUUGUGUCUCCCCCCAGCUCCACUGGGUCAGAAGGUAACGAGCUUGCAAAGUUCAAAUUGCGAUUCAAUGCUCUCUCGGACAACUUCAAACAAGCAACGCACCAUCUUCGGAAGAGAAAGGAAGAGCGCGAUUUGUGGAUGGCACGAGCAAAGAAGUUUGAAGAUCUUGCUCGGGUAGCUGAGGAGAAGCAUGGAAUACGAAUUCUUGAGGAAUCAGAAUGUGAUAACCCUGACGAAUCUCGCCUCACAAAUCCCAAUCCCAAUUCCAAUGUCCGAACCUCUGCUCUAGAAAACAUGCCACCGCCUGCUACUCGGACAAUUCCUGAUAGCCAGUCAAUUACCGAUGUAGAAGACGCGCAGCUGCAAUCUACUCAAGGGGAUCCCGAUGAAGCUGAGACUGAAGAUCUACCGCCUCUACCAGCACCUGGCGAUGGCCAGGAUUCAAUAGACAUCAAGCAGGAGCCGUCUUCUGAUCUUCCGGUGGUAGUGUCUGAAAGAUCGCUGAAGAGGAGAAGGGUUGAAGACGAUACACUUACAACUCCGACCGCUCCAAUAGUCAAGGCUGAGCUAAAUAACUCUAGUCCAAUCACGGCAUCUGAACACUAUCAAUUUGACAUCCAGGAGAGCAUUGACCUCGAUGAUAUAGCGCAGAAGAUAACCACUCCACGAAAGCGUAAAGAUUUGGACGCCUCGGUUGUUGAAGAGGAAAAAGAAGAACCGAGAUUAGUUGCUCAUACAACUCCAAAGUCUGGCUACAAUGCUCCCGGGCCGUCUAUACUCACUCCAAUCAGCGGUAACAAGAGAAUUUCGAAAAGUAUUGUCGAUGGUGAUGGCAGCCUCACUACAUAUGUGAAAGCUUCAUUGGCCCGCGGGAUUGCAGAGCUAGCAGAAGAUGGCACACCUUACGGAAAGCGUGGAUUUACAAAGAGUUCAAAGCCUUCGCAAGGGAUCAGCCUAGUUCCUAAUGGUCGGCUGAGUUCGCUAUUGAAUACCCCAACUUCCAAGAAUACAUCACCCAUCAAACAAACUCCACAAACCCGCACGCCAGGUACUGCUUCUGCUGAAGACACACCUCUUGACACACCUCUCAACCUCAUGUUCCCCGAGCCUAGAGCACUGCCCUUUGACAAGCUCAUGCGACAGACCAAGAAGCGCAGCACUUUAAAGAACGGGGAGUUUACAACGCCUAUAAACAAGAAAGCCCCUGUUCGAGAUGAGUCUCCGACCAAAGGGCCGACGUCAGGUCUCCGUUAUAAGCCUCUGGCACAACUCCGCCUCGAUGAUUUCAAGGUCAACCCCUUGUCCAACGAUGGCCAAGACUAUGCCUUUUCGGAAGUCGUCAGAGACAAAGAUGAUAGGGCAGGCCUACGAGGCUGUACAGAUAUGCAUUGCUGCGGGAAGCACUUUCGAGCCCUGGCUCUAUCACAUCGGCCAGAUUCGCCGUUGACGGCAGAACAGCGACAAGAAGAGCAGAAGCUACUAGAGAAUUACUUGGGCGAACACGCGUACCGAUUAGCAACCAUGACAAAGGCCGAAAGAGACGAGAUCUGGAUCGAAGCCAAGACUGAAGAGUUGGCCAACAAAUACGGCAGGCAUCGACACCGGUUCGCUCGCAUGCAGUCUCCCCCGGGGUUUUGGAAUGCCGACUUUCCAGAUACACAAGAGCUGGUGGCUGAUCGAGAAGAGGCGCAAAAGAGGGAGAAACGCACAAUCGCAGAUCGAUAUAGAGAGGCCAUGCGUCCUGGCGGCAUGUGGCUAUUCAGAGACGAGUAGAUUGUUUUGAUAGCGGGCAAUCAGAAACUAUGGCGGCGCAUCAGAGAGAAUUUGUAUAAAGCAUUAGGCAGCGCAAGCAUAUGGCAAGCAUCGGCGUCUGGGUUACAUGGGGAUUCGAGUGUAUUGAUUGGUUAUUCAAAUCUGAUUAGAGUAUGUGGAUUAAUGACGGUUGAUUUCAAUGUAUAUUGCCAGAAUACAUGAACUCUGUUUCUCAUUCUUU